AUGACUGUUGGUUCGAUUUCCAAGGUCUCAGAGCCAACCGUUAUGGCGCUACCCGAGACGAGCUCCUCACACCCCGUCAUCUUGGAGCCGUACCACGCAGAUAUUCUUCCAGAAUAUUGUUAUCGCAGUAGGGAGUACCUAAUCAGCGGCAUUGCUCAUGGCGAGUCUUAUUGUACUCGUCUCCUGCUCCGCUGCCCGCAAGACCCUACCUUAUUCACUGGCCUUGUCGUCAUGGAGCCAUCCCAUCUAUGGGGCGGGACCAGCAUUUGGCGACACAUUAGCCGCUGGCUGAUGCGGAAUGGACAUGGAUGGCUAGAGGUUGACUCUCAAGCCACCUCGGCCAUCGGCAAGGUCAAGAACGUCGACCCAGACCGAUACCGUAACAUACACUUCAUCCCAGGACCAACAUCAGAUUCGUUUGCCGAGACCAUUCCAUUUGUCCCCAAUGCCACUAAGGAAUUCCUUGCCGAGGCAUACGAUGCAUUCAAAGCCAAGUGGUGGCCUGCGACAUUACAGUCCCCAGAGAUUCUCGUCGCCGCAUCGCACGCCCUUCGAUCCGGCCAGCUCGGUCUCGAGGCAACACGGGUCUUUCUUAGUGGUCUGUCUCAAACAGGCGGCGUAACUCGUCGAUUCAUUACCCAUUCGGCCCAUCUACGACUUCCAGAUGGGUCUUUGCCCUUUCAAGGAUUUAUCCCUUGCCAGUCAGGCGGUGACGCGCUGCCGGAUGUACCUGGAGUCAAAGUCAUAGAGCUUCUUGGUGAGGCUGAGUUCCAAUCUGUGCGGAUGCCAUGCGGUGUCAGCGGCCAAGUCAAGGGUGUUGCGCAUCGUCGUUCUGAUAGCGAUUCGUUCAGGCUCUACGAGGUAGCCUGUAUGGCCCAUCGCGAGUCGCGGUACUCGUCAACGUUGGAGGACAAGAGAUGGUCAGUUGCGCACCUCAAUGGGGCAGAAUGGAGCACAUUUGCGAAUUCCUUUAUAUAUCACGCCGUAUUUGAGGCCAUGGAUAAAUGGACGCGAGUGAAAGCCACAAUUCCUCCACCGGGAGCUAUUCUUAUGACGGUCGGGUCAAGUGACGAAAUUAUUAGAGACAAAUAUGGAAAUGCUCUUGGUGGUAUCAGAACCAUGCACAGCGAUGUUCCAAUCGCCAGGUUUGUCGCAGCGACGCCCAAGGGAAGACCGAGUUGGUACAGAGGUUCUCAGUGGACCUUUAACAACGACCUGCUGGCAAGACUAUACGAGACUCCAGAGAAGUAUAGAAUCGUUGCUGGUCAAGCUAUACAGCGGCAGAUAAACGCCGGAUUUCUACUACCAGCGGACGCUGAAUUACUACGCCGUGAGACAGUAGAGAAUAUAUUCUUUUAACAUAGAUAUCCCAUUGAGUUAAUGUUCUUCUUGCAUUUUAUGAAAAGAACAUUUCGAUUAAUAUAGUAGCUACAGAGAUCUAUGCUGCGCGGUAUGCUCAAGAAGCCAAGGGUUAGUAAAGUAAUAAAAGUCUCUAUUUAUACUAGUUAAGUUAAACUACUCAAAAUAAAUACAAAAAGGAUUAGUGAAUAAGAUAAAGGAAGGUAAAGUAAGCUAUUGUUGGUUCAAGGAUUAAUAACACGUGUUAUCAAAAGGUGAGAGGUUGUGGUAAAAGUUCGUUGUUCUCUUCUAGUUCCAUGGUCGGAACUGCUCUAGUUAAAUACAGCGAAUACAUCCUGUACUCACUUCCUUUUCCUGUGUUUUCCUUAGCCACUUCCAGUGACUUAACUAUUCCUUCACUCCUCCAGCAAAGUAACACACGUCCAAUGUCACAAUAGUCACAACACCACUCUACUUCGCGAUAUAUAAAGUAGUAGUGGGUAGUGUUGACUCGGAUUAAAAGAAACCAAGCGAUUUCGAUAGAGUAAUAUAGCAAACCAAUAUUUAGAACAGCUGUUUUCGGGGUCGUUGGAAUGGUACUCCUGGGUAGAGGGGUGCUUAGGUUGUAUUGGGGGAAAUG